AUGAGAUAUGUACAGACACAGGAGACAGAUAAAGACAAUAUAGAGAGAACAGAGAAAAGAGAGAGAGACAGAAGAGAGCAGCAGCAGCAGCAGCAGCAGCAGCAGCAGCAGCAGCAACAGCUGCAGCAGCAGCAGCAAAGAGAGAGGGAGAGAGACAGAGAGAGAAGGGAGAGGAGAGAGGAAACACUGCAGCAGCAGCAAGAGCAGCAGCAGCAGCACCACCAGCAGCAAGAACAGCAGCAACAGCAGCAGCAGCAGAAGCAGCAGCAGCACCAGCACCAUCAUCAUCACCAUCACCAUCAGCAGCACCAUCAGCACCACCACCAGCCCCAUCACCAGCAGCACCAUCACCAUCAGCAGCAGCGGCACCAUCAGCAGCAGCAGCAGCAGCAGCACCACCACCACCACCACCACCAGCCCCAUCAGCAGCACCACCACCAGCCCCAUCACCAGCAGCACCAUCAGCACCAUCACCAUCAGCAGCAGCAGCAGCACCAUCACCAUCACCAUCAGCAGCAGCAGCAGCAGCAGCAGCAGCAGCAGCAGCAGCAGCAGUUUGUACCCUGUAUGAGUGGUAGGGUCCACCUGGGAUCGACCUGGGAUCGUCUCCAUUCCUUAAGGAGGAAGGCAUUCCAUACAAAACGUUCAUCUGCUGCAGCAGCAAAAGCAAAGCCCCACCACCGUGCAUGCAGCAGCAGCAGCUUGUCUCUCUCUGCUGCUGUUCUGCUGCUGUAG